AGGAUCGGCCAGUGGCGCCCACCAUCUCUGCUUGCCGAAGAGCUGCAGAGGCCGCCAGGAGCCCACGCACCUGAGACUUUUACCUUUACCCAGAAAGGAAUAAAAGAGGUCAGAUGAUGACAGCUGUGUCCUUAACAACCAGGCCCCAGGAAUCAGUGGCUUUUGAGGAUGUGGCUGUGUACUUCACUGCGAAGGAAUGGGACAUCAUGGUGCCUGCUGAGAGGGCCUUGUACAGGGAUGUGAUGCUGGAGAACUAUGAGGCUGUGGCCUUUGUAGCAGUGCCACCCACUUCCAAACCAGCUUUGGUCUCUCAUCUGGAGCAAGGGAAAGAGUCCUGUUUCACCCGGCCACAGGGAGUCCUAAGCAGGAAUGACUGGAGAGCAGGCUCGAUAGAACCUUUAGCACAGUGUUGGAUACAAGUUGCGAGAGUGGACAUUCUUGUCUUAAUCUUACGGGGAAAGCAUUCAAUCCUUUACCAUAGGUUUGGGCUUCCUUAACAAAAUACCAUAGACUGGAUGACUUCAAAAGAGAAGACUGGAAAGCAAAAGAGAAGCAGAUAAACUAUAAGCCUGCCUUUCUUCAUGGUCCAGGACAUGUAGCCCUCUUGCGCCCAAGGAUCACCAGACACCUGCAAGUUAGCUCACAGCAACCUUGGUGUUAUCAGUACUGCACAAAGCUCUCUUCAGCAUAAACACUAUUCUAUAAAAUCUCCAGCAAGUCCUUUUUCUUUGCAGUCAGCUCUUCUCCUGUUGAUUUGCUCAUUGCUUUCUUGGAAUGUAUUUUCAUACUUUCUCUAACAAAUCUGCCCUUAUUUACAACUGUCUUGGUGAAUUCUUUUCCCUCUCCAUGCCAUGGGCCCAGCUAGUCAUUGCCCACCCAUGACACAAGAGAAAUUUAUUUUCUUGUGGUUCUGGAGACUGGAAGUCCAAAAUCCAGGUGACAGCAGGGUUAGUGUCUUGGUGAGGGCUCCCCCGGGUUGCAGUCCAUAACAAUGUUCUUCUUCAAUUUGGAAAUAUAUUGAGGUUGAGAAUGGAGAAAAGAUUAUAGUAAACACAUUUCUAUGCUGUUUCUCCAAAACUGUUUGAUGCUCUUUGAAGAGGCCAACAAGGAGCCUGACAAAGGAUGACCUGACUACAUCUGAGACGUUCGGUGGUUAUGCAUAGGUUGUUUCAAAAACUUAUGCAGCAAAAAAUGACUUCAGUUUUAGAAGAUGAUUUCAGAAUUUCAAAAACUGUCACCAGGAAAGGGCAGCCAAGAUAAACAGGAUUUUUUUUUUCAAUUUCUGUAUUAAAGACUGUAACUUAUUUAGAAUACAACUUUAAUUUCAAAAGAUCAAAUUACCUUUGUGCUUGUUAUUCACAUGAGGCAUCAUCAGAAUGCAAAGCCAAGCAAUACUGCACAAGCACACACAAUGCUUCUGUUUGCUCACAUCUUAUUGGUCAGAGUUAGUCCAUGGCCAACCCCAACCACAGUGCAGUAAAGAUAUAUGCUCUGCUUGCAGCAGGGGGAAGGGGAGUAAAAUGGUUUAGCUGUGUCCCCACCCAAAUCUCAUCUUGAAUUCCCACAUGUUGUGGGAGGGACCCUGUGGAAGAUAAUUGAAUCAUGAGGGUAGGUCUUUCCCAUGCUGUCUUCAUGAUAGUGAAUAGUCUCACGAGAUCUGAUGGUUUUAUCAGGGGGUUCCGCUUUUGCGUCCUUCUCAUUUUCUCUUGCCGCCAUCAUGUAAGAAGUGCCUUUCGCCUCCUGCCAUAAUUCUGAGGCCUCUCCAGCCAUGUGGAACUGUAAGUCCAAUUAAACCUCUUUUUCUUCCUAGUCUCAGGUAUGUCUUUAUCAGCAGUGUGAAAAUGGACUAAUACAUUAAAUUGGUACCAGUAGUGUGGGGUGCUGCUGAACAGAUACCUGAAAAUGUGGAAGUGACUUUGGAACUGGGUAACAAGAAGAGGUUGGAACAGUUUAGAGGGCUCAGAAGAAGAUAGGAAAAUGUGGGAAAGUUUGGAACUUCCUAGAGAUUUGUUGAAUGGCUUUGUCCAAAAUGCUGAUAGAGAUAUAGACAAUAAGGUCCAGGCUGAGGUGAUCUCAGAUGGAGAUGAGGAACUUCUUGGGAACUGGAGCAAAGGUAACUUUUGUUAUGCUUUAGCAAAGAGACUGGCAGCAUUUUGCCCCUGCCCUAGAGAUUUGUGGAACUUUGAACUUGAGAGAGAUGAUUUAGGGUAUCUGGCAGAAGAAAUUUUUAAGCAGCAAAGCAUUCAAGAGGUGACUUGGGUGCUAUUAAAGGCAGUUUCAUAAGGGAUGCAGAGCAUAAUUUGAUGAUUUGGAAAAUUUGCAGCCUGAUAAUGGGAGAGAAAAGAAAAUCCCAUUUUCUGAGGAGAAAUUCAAGCCAGCUGCAGAAAUUUGCACAAGCAAUGAGGAGCUGAAUGUUAAUCCCCAAGACAAUGAAGAAAAUGUCACCAGGGCAUGUCAGAGGUCUUCACAGCAGCCCCUCCCAUCACAGGCCCAGAGGCUUAGGAGUAAAAAGUGGUUUCAUGGGCUGGGCCCAGGGUCCCCAUACUGUGUGCAGCCUAGGGACUCAGUGUAUUGCAUCCCAGCUGUUCCAGCCAUGGCUGAAAGGGUCCAAUGUAGAGCUUGGGCUGUGGCUUCAGAGGGUGCAAGCCCCAAGACUUGGCAGCUUCCAUGUGGUGUUGAGCCUGCAAGUGCACAGAAGUCACAAAUUGGUGCUCAGGAACCUCCUCCUAGAUUUCAGAGGAUGUAUGGAAAUGCCUGGAUGCCCAGGCAGAAGUUUGCUGCAGGGGUGGGGCCCUCUUGGAGAAUCUCUGCUAGGGCAGUGUGGAAGGGAAAUGUGGGGUGUGAACCCCCACCCAGAACCCCUAGUAGGGCACUGCCUAAUGGAGCUGUGAGAAGAGGGCCACCGUCCUCCAGAUCCCAGAAUGGUAGAUUCGCCAACAGCUUGCAUUGUGAACCUGGAAAUGCUGCAGACCACCCAAUGCCAGCCCGUGAAAGCAGCCAGGAAGGGGGCUAUACCCUGCAAAGCCACAGGGAUGGAGCUGCCCAAGGCCAUGGGAGGCUACCUCUUGCAUCAACAUGACCUGGAUGUGAGACAUGGAGUCAAGGAGAUAAUUUUGGAACUUUAAGAUUUGACUUCCCUGCUGGAUUUCAGAUUUACAUGGGGCCUUGUAGCCCCUUUGUUUUGGCCAAUUUCUCCCAUUUGGAAUGGCUGUGUUUACCCAAUUCCUGUACCCCCCUUGGAUCCGGGAAAUGACUAACUUGCUUUUGAUUUUACAGGCUUACAGGCAGAAGGGACUUGUUUUGUCUCAGAUGAGACAUUGGACUGUGGACUUUUGAGUUAAUGCUGAAAUGACUUAAGACUUUGGGGGGACUGUUGGAAAGGCAUGAUUGGUUUUGAAAUGUGAGGACAUGACAUUUGGGAGGGGCCAGGGCAGAAUAAUAUGGUUUGGCUGUGUCCCCACCCAGAUCUCAUCUUGAAUUCCCACAUGUUGUGGGAGGGACCUUAUGGGAGGUAGCUGAAUAAUGGGAACAGAUCUUUCCCGUGCUGUUUUCAUGAUAGUGAAUAAGUCUCAUGAGAUCUGAUGCCUUUAUAAAGUGGAGUUUCCCUGCACAAGCUCUCUCUCUCUUUGCCUGCUGCCAUCCAUGUAAGAUGUGACUUGCUCUUCCUUGCCUUCUGCCACAAUUGUGAGGCCUCCUCAGCCAUGUGGAAUUCUAGGUCCAUUAAACCUCUUUCUUUGGUAAAUUGCCCAGUCUUGGGUAUGUCUUUAUCAGCAGCAUGAAAACAGACUAAUAUAGGGAGUGAAUAUUUGCUGAACAAUAAGGUAAGUUACCUCAGCCCCCUUCAAAUGCUUCUGUGGGCCCCAGCAAUGACUUCCAUUUGCUUCUUAUUGGCUGUUCCUUUUUGCAAGGGAGGUUGUGAAAUAUAUAACUUUUUGGCCAAGUAUACUGCUGCCCCUUGAAAUAUAGGAGUUAAGUGAAUGGGAAGAGAGAUUGUAAACUGGAUGCUAACAUUCUCUGCUGCAAAAGAAGUUUUUUCUCAUUUGUCAUUCUUGGACUCAAUAAAUGUUUUUGAAAGUU